GGCCGAAGAGUAGCACAUGGGUAUUGUGGCUGUAUAAACCUAGCCUUCCGUUUGGCGUUGCAAAGUAACUUGAGCUCUUCCCUCCAUCCCUCCAUGAACAGAUACGCUAUCGACCUUUCUGCUACGACGCUCAACGUUGAAUGCACUAAUAAACUCUCAGAAGUCCAGCAGGUUUCUGAAGACUCUGAGCAGUCCGACGACAACGACGACGACAGCGACCAUAAUCAGUCGAGAUCGUUUUCAAAGUCUUCAUUGUCGUCGUUCAAUCGCACUAAAGAUAUUCAACCAACUCGCCAUAAUGACUACCCACAUGCACAUUCUCGUCUUUUCAACAGGCGUUUCGCUAAAGAACCACUUCGCAAGCAACCUUCUUCGCUUCCACCUCUUUCUCCAAUUUCAAUUCCAACCCCUCCAAGUCCAAUUUCAAUUCCAUCCCCACCUAUACCAUCAAGCCCAACUCUUCCCUCAGUAUCUUCUCUCAUAGAGGAUGUCUUGGCGCCAGGUGACCUCGUGGGCGAGGACCUACUUCUCCAGGGCGAACCAGUUCGUCCUUGCGUCCUCGCUCCGAUAGACAUGAACACUGCAAAAGAAUUCCAAGUCGUUCGUAGACUAGGAACAGGCAGCUAUGCAGUCGUCUAUCUCGUUCGUGAAGUCACCUCCCGCAUCCCCAUCAGCGACGACGGCCACGUCGGCAUCCUCGACCUCGAUCCAUCCCCUCCACCUAUCGUCUAUGGCAGAAACUUUGCUAUCAAAGUCCUCUCAAAGGCAAACCUCGAUUCCGACGCUCUCACAGCACAGCUCACCGAAGUCACAAUCCAUCAAUCUCUCUCCCCACAUCCAAACAUCGUCACACUCCAUCGUACACUCGAGACUGACGCUUUUCUCCUGCUCGUCUUGGAGUUUGUCCCUGGCGAGGAUCUUUUUUAUUUCCUCGAGCAAGCACGCGAUCAUUAUGCCCCAGAUGAGAGUGCAGAGAGCAAGACUCCUCCUACUCCUUCUCUUCUCACCACUCUACAUCCCUCUGCAUUACUAAGCCACACCCGUCUCAGACUCAUCGCAAGCAUGUUCGCCCAAAUGUGCGAUGCAGUCGCCGCAUGCCAUGACCAGCGUGUCUUCCACCGCGAUAUCAAGCCGGAAAACUUUAUCGUCACAGACGGCUACGCACCUUCUUCCUCUUCAGGCAUCAUGGAACGCAAAGUCUUAGUCAAGCUCACAGACUUUGGCCUAAGCACCAACGAGGUUGAAAGCGCCGACAUGGACUGUGGGAGCGCGCCCUACAUGAGCUUCGAGUGCCGUAAUAAUGUAGCUCCGACUUACAGCCCCGAGAGGAGCGACGUCUGGAGUCUUGGUAUCGUCUUGAUCAACAUGUUAUACCACUUUAAUCCAUGGACAGACACCUCUGAUGGCACCUGUUCCUCAUUUUCUCUUUUCCGUGCACACGGUGCCCACUUUUUCAUGCAGCGCUUUACGGGCAUGACCUGGCCCGUCGCCGAGUUCCUCACCCAGCGCGUAUUUGUUCUCCCUCCAUUCGACACCAACCACAUGCCCGUCACCGCCCGUCAAUUCGGUGCGUGGGUCAAGGACCUACCUACCCUCCUUUGCGACCGUGAGCCCUCCCACAGAGGCCACAAGCGCGUCCUCAGCACAGCCUCAUCGACAGUCGGCCACCCCCUCUCCUCAUGCCCGCCUUCGCGCCGCCCCUCCUCCCGCGCAGCACUGCGUACCCCACUCGUAUGCAGCAGGUCAUUGAGCAGAGCUCCAAGUGUCGGUGGUGUUCUCGUCGAGGAGCCCGAAGACCUCUCUCGCGAUCGCCAAGACGAGCACAAUGAAGACGAUGACGGUCGAUCGCGGUCGACCAAGAAACGGGGAAAGCGCGGGUCGCGAAAGGCAGGGCAAAAAACGACGACUGACGAGACACUCCAGACACUUGCUGUUGCUUCGCAGAGCUUGGCACGGGAAAUCAGUCUUGCGAGUCGUGGUGCGAGCCGCUCAUCGCUUGGGAUCGUUGAUUUGGACAGGAAUGCGAGCCAUGCUUCGAGUCUUGCGAGGCCUGCUGCUGAGACGGAAGUGCCGAGGUCUGUGGUUGUGAAGAAGCCGAGCAAGUGGAAGUUGGGUUUUGGAAGCGGCAAGACUAUUAUAUCCACACCUACGUCCACAGAAGAGGCACCGACCACAGGCACCGCGAGCAACGUCACCAAUCUCAUUAUGGGGCUCUCCCAGCCUGCGCCGAAUCCAAGCAACACUCCCAAGCUCUCGCCGUACAUCUCGCACAACGGUAUCAAUGUCAACUCGAGCGCGAGUGUGAAUGGGAGUGGUGUGCAUACGCCGCUUACAAGACAGCGGAGUCCGGCGGAUGAGGCGGCUACGUGGGCGCGCGGACGGAGACCUGGUUCGUCUACGUUUAGCACUGCGUUUUCUACCGCUGCUCCUUCCAUCAACAUCAACGGGAAUGGCAACGUAAACGGGAGCGUGAGAGGUCAUUCACCGCCAGGCAGCGUCCGUAGCACCAACUGGCGAAGCUCGAUGAGCAGCGCAAGCACUAGUACCUCUGCAUUCACGCGGUACAGCAAUUCAAGCGUGAGGAGUGUAUCGACGACUGCUACGAGUGUGAGUAGUGGGAGUGGGAAUUGGAGGAAUGGAGGGCAGGCUGCAGCGCAGGUCCCGAAGAAUGUCAAGAUCAUGAACGGCGUCCCAUGGGAACUCGACGAGCUUCCACGACAGCUGCAUCCUAAUCCCAUAGGCGAUAUAUUCGGACAGCCUCCCCAGCGGAAGCCGCGAACGAGGAAAUCGAAGCUGGAUACGAUUAGCGAGAGGCCCGCCCCUGUGAGGGAUGCUGCUACUAGUACGACUGACUUGGGGGGUGUUGGUGGUGAGGAGGAGACGCCGAAGAAGGUGCAGAAGGGCCAGAUCAAUGCGCUGGCGAAGAUGCUCUCUGCUUUGAGGCGUUGAGGUGUACGUUGUGAAAGUCGGAAGUGUGUGUGUGUUUUUGUUGUUCUUGUUAGAUGGCUUAUGGCCUGUAGGUGCUGUGGAGGCGGUCGAUGUAUUGUAUGGUACCCAACUACUUACGGUGCGAACACCAGCCUUUUUUAUUGUUGUAAUCAAUCCGCUCAUGCUGGUCUUUGGGGUGCAGGCUCAAUAGCCGUUGUGCAUAUUUUGUGCUACUGCUUAUCUGUGCAUGACCAUCUCCAAACCAAACUCAAUUCCUUGGCGCAAACUUCAAACUCGUGAAAACCAUAACCAAACCAUCGCAUUUUUCAUUACUUUGUUGCAAAAAA